AUAAAUACACAAGUGUUCAUUUCUUGUUUCAUUCAAUUUUUUCAAUAGUAUCUAUCACUUGCAUAGUCUUUCAAUAUGUCGAAUAAAGAGGAUGCAAACACCAUCGUUGUUUCUCCAAUUUGCCAUCCUAUAUCAAGGUGGUGGUCGAAGGAGACGGUAGCGAUCGUGACCGGAGCUAACAAGGGCAUCGGGUUUGCCCUAGUUAGGCGGCUGGCGGAGCUAGGGCUGACGGUGGUUCUCACAGCAAGAGACACCGGCCGCGGCCUAGCGGCGGUUGAAGCAUUGAAGAAUGAAGGCUUCCAUGUUCAUUUUGGUUGCCUUGAUAUUUCUAACCAAAAUUCUAUUGAAAAAUUUGUGACAUGGUUUCAACAAGCUUUUGGUGUUGUGGAUAUACUGAUAAAUAAUGCGGCGGUGUCGUUCAACGAGCUAUACGGGAAUUCGGUGGAGCAGGCGGAGACGGUGGUGCAAACCAAUUUCUACGGCCCGAAAAUGCUGACGGAGGCCCUUCUGCCGCUCUUCCGCCGCGAAAGCACGGCGGCGAGGAUUCUCAAUAUCAGCUCAAGGCUUGGAUUAUUAAAUAAGCUCAAGAAUCCCAAAUUAAAAGCAAUGCUUCUCGAUGAAGAAAAUCUAUCAGAAUCCCAAAUAGAAGAAAUGCUCAAUUUAUUCCUCAAAGAUGUGAAAAAUGGGACAUGGAAAAGCAAUGGAUGGCCCCAAAUUUGGACUGAUUAUGCAGUUUCUAAAUUGGCUCUUAAUUCAUACUCCAAAAUCUUGGCUAGACGUUAUAAAGGGAAUGAAGAGCAGAUUAGUGUCAAUUGCUUCUGCCCCGGCUUCACUCAAACCUCGAUGACGGGUGGCAAGGGCUUGCACACGGCCGACACUGUCGCUGCGAUCGGCGCCCGCCUCGCCUUGCUCCCGGUGGACGAGCUGCCCACCGGGAAGUUUUUUGUUAUCGGGUCGAGUAACCCUAUUUAUUCCAAGUUGUGAUGGGAUAUGAUAGUAUAUAGCUCUUAAUUUGGUGUCUUUGAAUUUGUUAUCCUAGUGUUAUUGUGGUUGUUAUUCAUGUGUGACAUCCUAUCUUUUGUUUAAUUAGUGCAAUUUUAUAGUUUUAUUAUCGAA